UUUAGUCGUAUUUAUUUGGUUGGAGCGUACAGCAAGCGAUAAGGCGGCCACAAUCGAAACGGGCGAGCGUACAGCGCGUUAAAGUGUUAGCACACUCGAGCCGAGCCGAAAUGUACUAGGCCAUAAUUUGAAACACAAGAACCCAAAAGAAAUUGCAAAUAUUUAGUGUGGAUUUUCAAAAGACUUUACUAUAUAUUUUAUGAAAUUUUCAACGAAAAAGUUUUAAAAACGGGCAAAUUGUAAUUUGCAAAGAUUUUAUAGUUUUAAAUUUGGUUUGUUAAAUUUCUCAAACAUUUGUUUUUGUAUCACUUCCACUUUUAAUCAAUUACUACGUAAUAAUGAAUGUAAAAUUGCUCUUGAUUUGCCUUGGGGUGUUCAUGUUAAGCUGUCAAGUGUGCGAUGGUCGACGUGGACGUGGCCGAGGACGCACCAAAUCGAGAGUACAAAUAGGAUUACCUAUAACAGGCAAAUAUCGUGAUCCCGAAUCGGAUCAGUAUUACAACAAUAACAAUGGUGCUAAAAUUCUGCAAGCCUCACAUUUCGAUUAUGAAUACGUGUUGGGCCAUAAAAUCGCUUUCCUUUGCAUAGCCAAAGGUAAUCCACGUCCGCACAUCACCUGGUACAAGGAUGGUACGGAGAUUUUCCAACACCUCUACAUGCAUGUGCAUGAGUGGCGUAUUGGCGAAGAUAAAGUCAAGUCGAAGAUCGAGAUCGACCCUGCCACACAAAUGGAUGCCGGUCUCUAUGAAUGCACCGCUGAUAAUAUGUACUCAAUUGAUCGACGCAGUUUUAAGACAGAUUUCUCUAUUGCUUUCGAUUAGUAUGAAAGUGUUUUUCUUUUCUAUUAUAAAAUAUAGUAUUUUUCACAAGUAGUAUAAAAAUUUAGUAUAGCUAAAUUAGUACGUAUGGAUUUUGUGCAAUUUAAAAAAAAAUAUAUAUAGUAACAACUUUAAGUAAAAAAAA